UGAAAACAUUGCUUCCUCGACUUCACCGAACUUCAGGCAGGCUCCUUAGCCCGCCGAUCUACCUAAAUUGACCCAAUGGCUGCCAAAGAUCCAGAGUUUCAGACUCAAUGUCUUGAUCUCAUUCGUGGGAUCAAAGCCGCGCAUGAGAAGCAGAAUGAUCUCCUUGAGAAAUUGGUGACGCUCAUGGCUGCUCCUACAAUUGAACUCAAGCCAGCACAUCAAUGCGAAGAGUAUGACGAGAAUGCCACUGGCGAACCUCUCGUGCAGGAUGACGAAGUCAAGUUCGAGAAAGUAGUGUCAUCAAAUGAUCUCAGCGUUACAGCGCAACAAGAUACAAACUUGGACAACAUCCUCCGCUUCGCAUCCCAUUCUUACAAGAAAAGGCUACAGCUCUUUGAAACUGGUCAAGAUGGUCCACAGCCAUUCCUCCUCAGUUCUCAACUACCUCCCUCACAAUCUUCGUACACACUACCCCAGCAGUUAGAGUACAUUCCGCGACCCCCAGAGGAUGGAGACGUCGUUGUCAAUGCCACUCGAACUUGGAACUACUGGUAUCCACGCGAUUGGGAGACACAUUGGUCCAGAAAUAAAUCCAUCAGCCCGGUGCCAGACUUCAUGCCGCCAUGGCAGCUUACCCGCGGAGAAAAUGAGAAGUGGUAUCACAUCGACGACAUAGACUUGGAGUUUCCCCUGACCGCACCAGAUACACUACCACCAGUGGUCGGAACAUACUUCGAAGUCCCUUACUCUUUCUUUCCGGGACUGCGUAAUCUGAACAUGGCUUACACGCGCCGUCAAGGUAUCACGUAUGGUGGCUCGGGUGACUACUUGAUCGAGACUGCACUUACCGAAGCACAUCGAUACAAGAUUCGUCAGUCCCUUGGGGACUUUUACGCUGUGCCUCAGGAUGGUCGACUUCCUCUAUCGUUUCAUACGAGCGAACUUCGCAUGCAAGUUCGUCAUCGACGGACUCGUAAUGAUAUCGAUCGCAGUCUUAAUAAAUAUCUCGAGCCCACGCGUGAGCUACUUAGUAAGCUUCAUUGGUUUAGUAUCAUUGACCUCACAGCACCUGGGGGCUCUCAAAACGCGGUAUAUAGUCUGCGAACCAAAUCAUCACCGUUCCAACAUGAUUCACUGCCAUCUCGUGUUGAGGGGCCGCCUUGUUGGGAGAUGAUCCAACCGGCGCUUCAAAGAGAGGGGAAUGGGUUUGUGUCAUACCCAUCAGUCAUACAAGAUCAUCCAACUCAGCCGAUCCAUCGCGAAGGCAGAUGGUGUCGCGUCAUUCAGCUUGACGGCCUUGCAAACAUCACUGCUGGUCUUAUGGAGGAAAAGUGCACCCGGUAUAACUCGAUGACCGUCUGGAAGCUUCUCUUCCAAGAUAACCAGCUGAAUUCAAGUAAGGGCCGUGCAUUUCGUGCUACGAUGAAUCAGCAUCUACUCUGCAGGCCGUCUGCAAAGGACCUGCACGGCUCCGAAAACGUCCCGUGGAGGUCAUUUCACAUUUCGUGGUAUCAGCUCUGUACACAGCCCACCGAUGCGGCUGUCAAGCAAUCGACCUGGAACUACGGACGUCUUUACGGAGAAAAAGGGCCGUAUAUCAAACAACAGGCUUUUACUUUGGGGUGUGCUUAUCAAGAGCUUCACGGGUCUGGUGCCAAGCGUGACUCUUUCUGGACAGUCUUGGUCAUGAAGCCGUCUGCUGCUGAUUUUGAUCCAUAUGAUGUCCAUAAAGUCCCACGUCGAACAUACCCGCCCCAGAGUGAUGGGCGCCAAUAUCGUUCAGAAGAUAUCAUCCUCGAUGCUAUCCGAACGAGUCUACAAAAAGCAGCUAAUGCAUGGAGUCGAAUGCAAGUAGCCCUUGACGCAAUCGUCGAUCAUGAUCCUCUAUUUCUCGACCCCGUUCAGCAUGACAAUCUCUUAUUUGACGACGAUACGUUCUCAAGAUCGAGGCAAUACUUUUGGAUCGUCAGUUGCCUUGAGUCUUUUCUUAUUCUUAUCGAUGACGCUAUAGAGGAAUGGAGGAGGUUUCGUGCAGAUUGGCCUCAUAUGAUUAUGGAGAUUGAUCCAGCGGAAGAGUCACGAACGGAAGAAACACCGGAGGCGUUGACGCGAAGAGUUGUGGGUGAGAUUGAGGCGCAGGUCGAUCGAUUGAGGAUCAUAUUUGCUCGUUUUGAGGCAAGUCGUGACAAGACUAAAGCUCUCAGAGAAGGCCUCUUCAGUGCCAGCGGAGUAAUCGAAAGUCGUGUCUCAACUCGUCUCGGCGAGAACGUGAAACUCCUUACAUACGUCAGCAUCUUCUACCUACCACUAAGUUUCUGCGUCGCUCUCUGGAGUAUAAACGAAGGCUAUCCCCGGCCAAUGCUAGCCUUAACAUCAGUUCUUGUCGCAGCUGUGACGUUCAUCGUCGUAGCUAACAUGAGAAACAUGGCUUCCGUAUGUGCUAUCGCAUAUCGCGGUGUUAAAAGACGAAUUGUUAGACGAAUGCAUGGGAGUGAGGACGAGAAAUGGGUUAAGAGAGCAACGGCUUUUGAGAGCUAUAGACCGGAGCGGAGGGAGGUUGAACCGUCGGAGUGGUAUAUAUUAUACUUCUUCAUAUACUCCAUGUUCAGCCAGGCAGCUUCAUGGAUGAAGAAGCAGAGACGGAAAGUGAGGAAUUUGUUUCGUUCGUCAGAGAGAGAAACAACUCCUGUCAAACAGAGUCCAGUGGUGGGAAGUGAACCAUGGGCAACUCCAAGCUCGUGGUGAGCUGGCAAGGUG